UGUUGGAGACCGCCCUAAUGAGGCCCUGGUGUAGCAUUUCACCUCUGAGUGGGCUUUUAUCACAGCAGAAACAGAGAUGGGAGCAGAAGCGAGGCUGAAGGCAGCUGGGUUAAAAAGCACCAUGAACCAGCCUUGUGCUACGUGUUGUUUGCCUGUGGAAAUCCUUCAGCUGAACAGAGCAGCGAUGCUUCUGUAGCAGCACCCAGCUGCCAGUGGCACUGGAGGAAGAUGGAAGAUGCCUGCAGGGACCCAGGGCACACCCAGCACAGCUCUCCUGCCUCGGGGUCCCCUCUGCUCCCAGGGCUGAGGGCCUUGCUCCCUCUUCUCUUUGUGCUGCUGUCUGUCUGUGAGAGCUCCCCUGCUGAUCUUGCCAAGGGAUCGAAUAACACAUGGGAAGAAACAAAGAGCCUACAAGGAAUAAUCCCAAAUGCAACUGUCUUCAUGGGAAAAAUAUUCUAUUAUCCAAUGCCAGUGUUGGUCUUUCAGGGAACGAUAACUCAGUACAAGGUUACUUUAGCCAGUGGUGCAGAUUUGCCAAAAUGGUUGGAAUUCAACCCUGGAACAAACAUGCUGCAAGGGCUGCCGAUGGCAGGGGAGGGAGGAGUGUACCUGCUCAACCUUGCUGCCUCUGGAGGGGUGCCUGCCCAGGAAACACCUAGGGCUGCUGGAAAUUUCACCAUCCAUGUGCAGGACAGCAGCUUAUCCUUGGAAAUGCAGAACUUGAAGCACAUGCCGAACAGCUUCCAGUGUGGGAAGGAGGCUCCCAUCACUCGUGCUGAAAUCAUUCUCUGUGCUGGAGCAGCGGCCCUGGGAGCUGGGGAGCGCCUGUGGGUGGUGUGCAGGAUGGCCGAGUACCUGCACCUGCACAGCUCCCUGCUGACCCUGCUGCAGCACACGGGCCCGGCAGCCGCGGGCUCGCACGUCCUGGCCGAGGACACCGCGCACAUCGACCUCGCCGCCAGACACUACCUGGGGCUCUCCUGGCCCGUCACCUGCGGAGGCUUCGCCCUGCUCCACGAAUUCAUCCAGGUCCUGCAGCACAACGUGAACUCACAUCACCUCUCACGGCUGCUAGGGUAUGAAAUUGCAGGCUGGAGAAUACUCAGGAGAGGGGAGUAUGAAAGAAAGUCUCCAAGACAACACCGCAGGCAGUUAAUGAUCACACCAACACCUGCAUUAAAGCCAACUAGAAUUACCCAGAGACCAGCUGCAGGAGAGGCUUCCAGGCCUUUUUUCUUUCCUGUGCCAAGCCAGCUACUCACACCACUCGUGCUAUCACUCAGAGCUACUCAGAGCUUACCAACUUUCUGUGCAGAAAGUACAGCCAUGGCAAGUUACAAUAUGCAGAAUAAUAUCCACCUUGCAAGUCAAGAAAGCCUGGUCACCCUAGAAAUGGACUCAGCAUGGGACAUGCCAACUACCCCUGCAGUACCCAUUGUGUUUGCAGACUCUCAUUUCCCAGAUCUUUCACCUUCACUGGUUACUGAAACAAUGCUUCUCUUCUCUGAACUGGAAAUGCUGCCUUCUAGAGCUUUUGGGACAUCCUUGCUGUUAGAGCAGCCAGAGCCUCAUGUGCCUGAGACAGACUCCUAUUUCCUUUCCAGUAAGUCAGAGAUGCCCACAUACCAUCUCAUACAGGACAUCACUUCAGGCACAGAGCAGCUUUCCAGGCCAUGGGUGAUAAACGUUCUUCAGGAGUGGCCUCACAGCUCAGCAGAGGCAUUUUCUCCCACAGCAGAAUUACACCCCUUUUUGCUGGGAGCAAUGUCAGUAUCAGAAGUGCCAGAUUACAGCAAUGAGGCAAAAAGUAAUUUUCCAGAACUUGAAAAGCUUUCUGCUGCAUCCCUCUGUCCAGAUGCACUCCCUUCACUAUUCCAAGCAGCUUCAGUAAGGGCCACAGCUUUGUCUGGCUUCACAUCUCCCAUCAAGGACACAUUCCCAGCUGUCCUAGCAAGCAGCAGUCUGAGCCAAGUGUUCACUAAUGGCUGUGAACCUCAGUCUAAACUUUCUGUGACUAUCCCACAGCCCAGUGGCUUUUCAUUUGCUGGAGGGAAAAGCACAGCUUCUUCUGUAGCCCAGAGAGAAGGACAGUCCCUCUACUCCAAAUUGAUUUUCAGUGCUGAAGCCUCAGCCAGCUUCCCUCACAGCACUGUCCCUGGUGAAGCUGAAGCACUUCAUAAACCAAGUCUGAUCACUCUGUCUCACCCUGACACCACUCCAGUCCUUACUGUGCCAGGAGACUUUUCUGCCUUUCACAUGUCCAGAUUAUCCAGACCAACAAAUACAUUCCCUCCUUCUUACAGGAGCAGCAGGCUCAGAACAGAGCCACAACCCACAAGGAUUCUAUCGGGUGGAACAGAGGAAUUGCUUGCAGACAAAGAUCUGGGAACAAGUGGGAUUGUGCCAAAUGUCACCGAGCCUGCCUUGGAGUCAUACAACAUCUCAGGCAUCAAGCCAGAUGCUGUAGAAGCACCUCUGGUGACUUCAUUUAAUGCCACUUCUCACCUGCCCAGCAGCAUAGCGGGGUUGGGUGAGACACUGCUGCCAUCACGCCUGGGUCCAAGUGCCUGGCUGUUUCCCUCAUCUGAAGGACUACAGUUUGUAGAAAGUGCAUGGAUUCUUCUUCCAUUUUCUGCUUCACAAGAGCUGCAGACUGUAACCCAAGGGCAAGCAAACACUUCCCCAAAGGUUGUUCAUUCCAUUAAGUUCCUAACAGCAACCACUGGAUGCCUGUUCUUUUUCCCUGUACCUGCCAACACAUUUUAUGACAAGGAAGAUGGCAACUCCACGCAGUUAUCCCUACAAAUCCUCCCAGCCGAUGGCUCUCCGUCGGGACCCGAGAGCUGGCUGCAGUUCAACACCUCCCAGCAGGCCAUGCACGGCUAUCCCCUAGAGAUCGACUUCCAGCAUUCCCCUCAGGAGUUUGUGCUGUGUGCCACGGAUUCCGGAGGCCUGGCAGCCUGGCAGUCCUUCACCAUCGAGCUCCUGAAGCCCCCUGAGCUACCGUGCCACCUUUUCACCGUGCAGACCAAGAACAGCUACUCCUCCUUCCUGAGGGACAGGAAAAGGGUGGCUUUGUUCCUGGAGAAGCUCUCCCUCUUCCUGAACUCCAGCAGUCCCAAAGACAUCGUGCUGACAGCUCUGCAGCCCGGCUCCACGCUCAUCUCCUGGUACAACAGCUCUGUGUGUGCAAGCGCCAACAGAUCUUCCAGCUGGUGCGGGAGAGAAGAAAUCCAGCAGGCACUGGAGAAACUGAGAGUGCCAGCUGGGUCUGUGAGCCCACACUUCGUCCAAGCAAUGCUGCCAGAGUACAGAAUCCAUGGGGCUUUGAGCAUUUCCUACAGCCAGGACUGCCCAGCCAGCACAAAGCCGCUCCCCGGGCCGUGCAGCAGCACCGGGCCGACACUGCAAGCCAAGAACAACUCGAUGACGAGGAGGAGCCCUUGUGCCUUACUGAGCACUGUUUGUGCCACUGCUGGCCUGCUGCUGGCAAUAGGGGCCUGCUGGCUUCGCAGGUGUCCCAGGAGGAUUCCUGGAGCACAGCUUGUGAUGGUUCAGACAGACUCCCAGCUAAGCCAUGCUGAUGUGGAACUGGACGCCCUGAGACCUCGCAAAGCCCCUGUACACGAGUGCAGAGCUUCACUCUCACCUCCAGUAUGGAUCCCACCUCCAGGAGCACUUCCCUCCCUCAGGCAGUAUCCCAGGCCGAUCCCUCACAUCACACCACCCUUCCAGCCACCAAAAUACCAACUCCCUCCCCACUAUCCAGAGGCUCUGACCACCCACCCGGGCCAAGGCAACAUCCAGAGGCUUCAGUUAUAAAAACUGCUAAAUGGUAUUGAGAGCAAAUCUGCAAAAAGAGAAAUUGCAUUAGCUGUCCAUAACACUCAAAAAACUCCAACACAGAUAGCCAGUUAGUGAUUUUUACCAAGUUUCAAAUUAGAACAGAACAUAUUUGACCCACACCUCACAAAGAGGCAGUGGCAAAAGCAGAAUCCAAGUGAAGCAGGCAAAGAGAGCUCCUGAUGAAGGCGUAGAAUUACAACCCUGUAGAAGUCAGAACAAGAAAAUACACAUCAAGUUAAUGCUGCUGGGAACGAGGGGUCACAGGCAGUGCUGAGCCAAUCUCACUCCAUUAUGUCUCCCAGUCUCAUAAAUACACAUUUUAAACAGAACAGGCAGAACUCUCACAGAAGGAUCACCACAAAACAUGAUGGUUCCAUUGAAAUUCAGAGGUGCUAAAACCCUGGAGUCUGUAGGCCACCUGGAAAUUUUAGAAUUAAAAAAUAAAAAAUAAAAAGCCUGAUGUUGUCUCUGUCCUUUUCAAUCUCUCAAAACUUUUUAAAGUGUUUCUAUAAAUACAUCAUAUGUAGCAUUUCUAAAGGAAUAGUGGCUAUUGAACUCUUCCUGUUAGGUAAUUUGGUGCAAUGUACCUUUAAAGAUAGAUUUUAGAGUUCCAGGCUUGCCUUCUUUACAGUAGAACUCUCUCUUGUCUGCUUCCACCUCAGACAGUUCUAGGACCACAGAAAAUUCCUAAAGUUCUGCAGAAGAAUUUCUAAGGACUUUUUAAACAUUUUUAAAUCCUUCCAGUUUAAUAAUUAUCAUAUACAAAAUG